UUGAAUGUUAUGCAUGUUGAUCUUUGCUAAAAUGUACGAGUGUGUUUAAAUUUAUGGUAUGUAUUGCAGCAUUUGGAGUCUGCAUUCGUAAUUUCAUGUCGAAGCUACAAAUUGAAUUUGCGUGAAGGUGUAAUUGAAGUGAUGACAUCCCCAGCUGAAAAACUCAAGCAACUUGAAACUCUAGAAAAAGAUCUGGCUGCUGCUCUGCAUGCUGCUAGUCAAGCAAUUCUUGAACUAAGCAAGGAGAAACCAAGUGUAAAGCAAGCUGAAACAUUCAGUUCUACUUUUCUAAAAACAUUAGAAAAUGUUGAAAGUGGAUUAUCAAAGCAUAUAACUUAUCUUACUCAAGUAUCCACUGGGCAAGCCCAUGAAGGAUCUAGCUAUGCAAGUCAGAAAAUGAUGCAGAUGGCAUGGCAUAGACUAAAGCAUUCACAAUCAAGAUUAAAUGAACUGGAGAGAUUAAAAAACCAGCAUUCGCAGCAAGGAAAUAGGCAAAGCCAUAUGAAGCAGUCACCACCAACAUAACUUUUGAUAUUGGCCACAUUCAAUAAAUAUUUGUAUUGCAUUUUGGAUAGUUUUAAUGUGAUAUAUUUUUAAUAAAUUGGAUUAAAACGUA